AGUCACACUUCAUCACAGAACAUAACAGAUCACUCCACCCCGUUUUGAACAGACUGGUGACCGAGAGGACGACCUGUUGAAGAUUUCAAAGCAACACCGUUUCUGACAUGCACUUUGAUAAAUCGCCAAAAGAGAAGCAGUGUUGCACUCUGCCCACAGUGAAGAAACUCUUGGAGCAGAAGCGAAGGCGUGAGACGUCAUCUGUGACACCCUCCUGCUCUACGGCCAGCACAAGUCCUGCUCCUCCAACUACUGUUACACAGUUGUCUUCAGCAGAACCAUUCACCUGUACAGGCGCAUCAAGCAGCUACUCAGACAUGGCAGUGAGCUAUGAGCAGUGGACCCCAGCACCAGAGUCUACGCUCAAUUACUACCCCAGCCAUCCAGGACCCGGCUAUGCUGCCUCCUACAACCUCCCAAUGACAUCUGAAUAUGGCACACAACAGCAGGUCCCAGGGUUUGGAGAUACAAUGCCUCAGACAUAUGACUGCCCAAUGACAGUCACAGAUCCCAGCAUGGUUUCGUCUUGGUCACUUCUGGGUCCCAGUCAGACGACACAGCUGAGUUUUGGUUCGUCAAUGGAUGCCACCAAGCUGGAAGAGGCCAGGAUGCUGCUCAGCGGGAUGGACUACAGCAGAGCCAUUGGGCAAGAUGAAGAUGGAGACACAAUCCUGCACAUCUACACUGCGAAGGGGCUCAGGGAGUGUGCCUUUGCUGCUGCAGAGAGGCUGAGGGAAAUGGGCGGGCUUGAUGCCAAAGAACACAAGGGAAAGACUGCUUUACUGGUGGCGGUGACAGCAAACCAGCCAGAGAUUGUGCAAGAUCUGCUGUCCUUCGGAGCGGACAUCAAUGCAUGUGAUGUUAAAGGGCAAACUGCUCUUCAUCUGGCUGCCCACUAUGGUUUACCUGGGGUUCUGCAGGCAAUUCUGUCCAGCAGGCCGGCUGUCAACUUGGAGGCACGCAAUUUUGAGGGUAUGACUCCUCUGCACUGUGCAGCCAUUUCUCACAGUGAUUCCAUGAAGGCGUUGUCUAGCAGUGGGCUGGCAGAUGUUGGUCUUCAGACCAAGGCGGCUGAGAAGCUUUCCUGUGUGCAGAUGCUUCUCAGCGCAAGGGCUUCCCUGUUCAGCCAGGAAAUCAAAAGUAACAAGACUGUGUUGCACUUGGCAGUAAAGGAGGGGAACAUUGAUCUGGUGACUUAUCUGCUGAGGAUUCCCCUGCCGAACAUGAAAGACUUUGUUAACUUGAAAGCACAUGGUCAUACAGCCUUACACAUGGCAGCUGGUCUCCAUGGUAACCCCCACCAGGAGGAGAUCCUGCAGCUGCUGCUGCGCAGAGGAGCUGAUCCCAGUAUCCGCAACCUGGAGAACGACCAGCCAGCGCACCUGCUGCAGAGCGGCCUCCAGGGAGAGCAGCUCAAGCUCAUGCUGAAGAAACGAAGUGCUUCCUCUCGCCGACGUAUCGUGUCCUUGCAGGACCAAUAAUGAUUAGAAAAUCCCCACCUGUAAUCCCCAUUUGGAGGGAAUGAGUCUAUAAGAUGUUGCCUCUGUUAGAAGGGGACUUACAGUUCUUUGUUAUAUUGCUUUGGGGGUCUCUGGCCUAUAUUUUGUUAACAAACUACUUUGGCAAAUUAAUCUCCAGCUAUAAUUCACAUUGGAUUAGACAAAUGAUGCUUUAAUGCAUAAAGCUUAAAUUACCUGUGAUUUAGUGUCAGUGUAAAAACAUGCUUUAUUUAUUUUUCUACGCACAGGGUGAAGUAUUUAUGUGUAGGUAAAGCAUUUCAUUCCAAAAUGUAAUAUCCACCUUUUUUCAUAAAAUCCUCACGUUUAAAAAAUUGGACAAAUUUAAUUUAUGUAUUUAUUUUUUGUUAACAGGAUAUUUUACAUUUUGAAAUGAAAUCCUCUAAACAUAAAUAAAGAGUAUUAGUUUCAUUUUCCUAAUAAUAGGCUACACUCCCAGUUUAAUGUUGAUUUCUAUGAAAUCGUUUGAAUGACUUUGAGGACAGUGUCCCUGAAACCCCAGUGACUCUCUUGUCAAAACCCCCCAUCAUGAUAAGUUAUCAUGUUGAUACACAGAGAUGGGUUUGAUUUUAGUCAGCAUGUGUGCUUUUGUUAAGAGUGCGUGUGUAAAAUUCAGCUCACAUAAUUUAACUUUCUUUCUGUAUGCUUGUAACAUCAAGUACAAUUUUUCUUUGUCGAAAAAGAAACUCAACGUUGUAAAACUAUCAUGUAUUUGAAACUGAUUGUGACAAAGAAUGUUAUUAUCACAGAGACAUUACAUAAGUGUGGUGACAAAUUGUCUGACUAACUGUACAUUUGAGUCAUGAGUCAUGAAUAAAAGUACAAUAACACAGUA